GUGACUCGAUAGUUUGCCGCCCCCUAUUGCAAGAAGAAGAACAACGACAGGAGCAACAACAUGAAUUCUCUGGCCAGGAUCGGUGGCUUUGUGUGCCAAUCGGUGCAGAUAGCCGGCUGCGGACUGCAGCAGGUGCGCACUAAGUAUGCCGAUUGGAGGAUGAUCCGCGACGUCAAGCGGCGAAAGUGUGUCAAGGAGCACGCCGUGGAGCGGCUGCGGGUCAACUCGCUGCGCAAAAACGACAUCCUGCCUGUCGAGCUGAGAGAGGUAGCGGACGCCGAGAUCGCGGCCUUUCCCCGCGACUCAUCUUUGGUUCGAGUGCGGGAACGCUGUGCGCUUACGUCACGGCCGCGCGGAGUUGUCCACAAGUAUCGGCUCAGCCGAAUCGUGUGGCGACACUUGGCUGACUACAACAAACUGUCCGGCGUGCAGCGCGCCAUGUGGUAGCGGCUCCUUCUGUUAGCAAUCUAAGGAAAUAAACCAUUCUAGUAGUCCA